AAUGUGUCAUCAGAUGAGGAAGUACAUCUAUGUGACAGGGUGCAGUGGGGUGAUGGCAUCUUAUAAAAAGACUGCCUUACAGAGAGAAGACUAUAAUCGUGAUGAACCCCCUAGGAAGAUUAUUCCAGAGAAAAAUAACCUAAGACAGGCCUACAACAGCUAUGCCAGAUUGUGUUUAUAUCAAGAAAACCUGUGCUUAUCAGGGUCAACUAUGAAGACUGAAGGUUGUGUGUCCAAAACAAAACUUGCCAACGGCUCUUCCAGCAUGAUUGUGCCCAAGCAGAGAAAGCUGUCCGCAAACUAUGAGAAAGAAAGGGAGCUCUGUAUUAAGUAUUUUGAGCAGUGGUCGGAAUGUGAUCAGGUGGAGUUUGUUGAACAUCUGAUUUCACGGAUGUGCCACUAUCAGCAUGGACACAUAAAUACAUAUCUUAAGCCAAUGUUGCAAAGGGAUUUUAUCACUGCGCUUCCAGCUCGAGGGUUAGAUCAUAUAGCUGAGACUAUCCUUUCAUACCUUGAUGCCAGAUCGUUAUGUUCUGCAGAACUAGUCUGUAAAGAGUGGUACCGAGUUACAUCAGAUGGCAUGUUGUGGAAGAAACUCAUUGAGAGAAUGGUCAGGACAGAUUCCCUUUGGAGGGGAUUAGCAGAGAGGAGAGGAUGGGGUCAGUAUCUAUUUAAAAACAAACCACCUGAUGGAAAAACACCACCAAAUUCCUUCUAUAGAGCACUUUAUCCAAAAAUUGUCCAAGACAUAGAGACAAUAGAGUCCAACUGGCGUUGUGGGAAACACAGUUUACAAAGAAUCCACUGCCGGAGUGAAACUAGCAAAGGUGUAUAUUGUUUACAGUAUGAUGAUCAGAAGAUAGUAAGUGGUCUCAGAGAUAACACUAUUAAGAUUUGGGAUAAAAAUACUUGUGAGUGUAAACGAGUUCUCACAGGACACACAGGGUCUGUUCUAUGCCUACAGUAUGACGAGAGAGUAAUCCUUACUGGUUCCUCUGACUCUACAGUAAGAGUAUGGGAUCUAAACACGGGGGAAAUGCUAAACACGCUUAUCCACCACUGCGAAGCCGUGCUGCAUUUACGUUUCAAUAAUGGUAUGAUGGUGACCUGUUCCAAAGAUCGUUCCAUCGCAGUGUGGGACAUGGCCUCAGCCACAGAUAUCACCCUACGAAGGGUUCUAGUCGGUCACAGAGCUGCUGUUAAUGUUGUGGAUUUUGAUGAUAAAUACAUUGUCUCUGCCUCUGGUGAUAGAACUAUCAAGGUCUGGAACACUAGCACUUGUGAAUUUGUCCGAACCUUAAAUGGCCACAAGCGUGGCAUUGCAUGUUUACAAUAUAGGGACAGGCUUGUAGUCAGUGGCUCUUCUGAUAACACAAUCAGGUUGUGGGAUAUUGAAUGUGGAGCCUGUUUGCGAGUUUUAGAAGGACACGAAGAACUGGUGCGAUGCAUCCGGUUUGACAACAAGAUGAUAGUCAGUGGAGCAUAUGAUGGAAAAAUAAAAGUAUGGGACCUUGUAGCUGCUUUAGACCCACGGUCUCCAGCAGGGACCCUGUGCCUUCGGACACUUGUGGAGCAUUCAGGAAGAGUUUUCCGCCUGCAGUUUGAUGAAUUUCAGAUAAUAAGCAGCUCUCAUGAUGAUACUAUCCUUAUCUGGGACUUUCUCAAUGACUCAACUGCACAUGCUGAGUCAAACCACUCACCUUCUAGGACAUACACCUACAUCUCCAGAUAAAUAACAACGCAUAAUACCUCACAAUUGCACAGGACCUAAAGGUAUAGUAAUCGAAAGCUGGAAAAUAAACAAUUUCCUUGACCAGUAUUUGAUUAAAAUGAGAGAACUAUUGUUUUGACUCAGCCCGGAAUAUUGGUUUUGUGCAUUUUGAAGCCGCAGUGGCUAUUCUCUGCAGAGGACUUCUCAAGUGCUGCUAGGAGAAGAUACAGCUUAACUCCUUUAUUGCCACAGGGCCUGGGACAGAUUGCUCAACAGUGAGUCACCAACACCUGAGGCAGUGACUGAGAUUAAUUUAUCACAGGAAAAAAAGACUCUAAUAGAGUCUCAUUAAAUCAUCUGAAAUGUCUUGCCAGAAUUCCUGUUGCUUUACUGUAAAAGAAACAAUAUCAAUGGUGUCCCAUGCUUACAAGCUGAUGUUGUGUAUGAAAAUCGUCAGAAGUGUUAAGUGGGGUGGGAGGUGAAUUUUUGUUUUGUGAAAAUGACUCCCUAGUGAUAUUUAAAAUUGUAUGUUUAUUUUAACACACCACGCAUGAAAGAAAGUUGUUUUUAAUGUAUUACUUUUUUCCUUUACCUAAUCAUCUUUUAUUGUUUGCUUGUAUGUCCAUAUUGAUGUUGUAGACCUCUUUAUAAAGUUCUUUAUGGGCAUUAAAUGCCUAGGAUAAAUAAACAGAUUAGAUAUU